UAGCCACAUUUUCCUCCACCUCCAGAAAACAAUCCAUGGACCCCGACAAAUUUGAUGGCCCCUGCAAAGAGAAUCGUUGCGCGCCGUCUUGUUUACGCCAGCGAUCACUCGCGAUCAGUCCAUUCUAGUUCUAGUCCCUCUUGUCACUUGUUUACCCUCCACUUGCCGCAGUGCGCCACGAUCUGGCACGCGCACCGGUGCGCCUGCCAUCCGCCGUGGUGAUCCAUAGUUGGCCCGGCCGCCUGCCUGAUUCAUUCCACGAGCUAGCUAGCCACAGCCGGACAACGAUCGAGGUGGCACACGAUAGAUGGCCGGCGGUGGCGGCGAUGCGGCGGCGGCCGCUGUAAAGAAGGACGUGGAGGCGGAGGUCGUGAUCGUGGGCGGCGGCAUCGCGGGGCUCGCGACGGCGCUGGCGCUCCGGCGGGCGGGCGUGGCUUGCGGCCGCGGUGGCGGAAUACUGGUGCUGGAGCGGCACGCGGGGCUGCGCGCCACGGGCGCCGCGCUCACCAUCUUCCCCAACGGCUGGUUCGCGCUCCGCGCGCUCGGCGUCGCGCACAAGCUCACCUCCCGCUACGACGCCUACGAAACGUGCGUGCGUGCGCCGCCCGUCGCGCGCCCAGCUGAAGACAUCGAGUCCGAGGUGACCAACCUUGAGAGCGGAGCCACGCAGGUGUUCCGCUUUGCCGGGAACAAGAGCAGGGGUGAAGAAGUCAGAGUAAGGGCGCUGGGCAGGAAGGCGCUGCUGGAGGCGCUCGCGGAGGAGCUGCCGCCGGGCACCGUCCGCUUCUCGUCCAAGCUCGUGUCCAUCGACACCGAGCGCGCAGCCGGCGACUCGUCGGAGACCGUCGUCCUGCGGUUGGACGACGGCACGGUGAUCCGAGCCAAGGUCCUGAUCGGGUGCGACGGCGUGCACUCGGUGGUGGCGCGGUGGCUGGGCCUCCCGGAGCCGGCGAGCUCGGGCCGGUCCUGCGUCCGCGGGCUCUCCAUCUUCCCCAACGGCCACGGCAUCAAGAGGGAGCUCCGGCAGUUCCUUUCGCAGGGCCUCAGGGCGGGCAUGGUGCCCAUCAGCGACACCGACGUUUACUGGUUCCUCGUCAACGACACCGUCCCUGCAGAGAAAGAAGCCGCCGGGGACCCGGCCAAGACCCUGCGCGAGGUCACCGAGAACCUGGCCGGCCACAUGCCCGCGGAGUACCUGAACGUGGUGCGCCACUCCGACCACGGCAACCUCUCGUGGGCGCCGCUCCUGUACCGGAACCCGGUGUCCCUCCUCACCGGCGCGGCGGCGCGCGGGGCCGUGACGGUGGCCGGCGACGCGUUCCACCCGAUGACGCCCGACAUGGCGCAGGGCGGGUGCUCCGCGCUGGAGGACGCGGUCGUGCUCGCCCGCGCGCUGGCGCGCGCGGCCACGCCGGCCGAGGGCGUGGCGGCGUACGUAGCGCAGCGGCGGUGGCGUGCCGCCUGGCUAGUCGCCGGGGCCUUCCUGUCGGGGUGGGUCCAGCAGGGCGGGACCAACGUCCGCGGCGUGCGCGGGCGGCUGGUGAGGAUGUUCCGGGACUGGGUGUUCUACCCGUUCGUGUUCCCCAGGCUCGCCGACACGAUGUGGUUCGACUGCGGCGACCUGGCACCACCGUGCACGGACGGCAAGAGCCACGGCGAGUGAAGGGAGGACCGUGACCGCUGUGUCGCCGGCAAGGAUUCGGACUUGUAAUAACGCACGUGCGCCAUGCACGCUUGUGAACUGCAAGAUUUUAUUACAAUAAUAAUGUUUCAGGUUGUGCAUGUGCUAGAAGAAAAAAA